AUGGCAUCACGUACCUUCGAGAAGAAUCAUCCAAGUCCUAAAGCAGGAUAUUUGAGAUAUGAUAAACCUCGACUACUUAUUGAUAUGCUAGAUGAAAGGGCGCGUGUAUACCCUGAUGCGUUGUUCGGAGAAUAUCCUAUUUCCUUGAUCAAUUACCCACAGGGUUAUCGCAAAAUAACCUAUGCACAAUUAGCAAACGCGGUUAAUGGAGCUGCUAAAUGGCUUACCGAGGAACUUCUCCUCACUUCGGCCCUCCUCACCGCCUCAGCAGCCACUCAUCUCUUCACUGCCAUGUCUUGCAAAGUGCUCUUGACCACCUCUCCCCAACCUCCAACUGUAGCUCCCGUUGUGAAGCUUCACGAUUAUCUACGUGUUCUCACAAUUCCUUCUAUUGAGAAGCUGCUCAAUACCACUUACGAAUAUUUUCCCUACGGAAAAACAUUUGAAGAGGCUAAAGCGGAACCAUUAGUUGCGCUUCAUACAUCUGGGACUACUGGACUUCCAAAACCAGUAAUCUAUACUCAUGAUUAUGCGGCUACUUAUGUACGAGCGUUGCAAUUAGAGCCUCCAGAGGGAUUUGAGUCUUUUGAUAGAAAGAGUGAGGGCGGGAGGGUGUUUUCGCUUACUGCCCCUUUUCAUACUUCAGCUAUCUGCAUUGUGAUUGCAGCAAUAGCCAAUCAGACAACCUAUAUUUUCCCACCCGCGGCCACAAUUCCCACUGCGGCUCUUGCAGUGGAAGGACUCAAGCACACGAACGAUGUCAUGGAGCUACUCGAUUUCUUCACAAGUCACGUCGGAUUAAUAUGUUAUGGGGGUGGAGAUGUCGCAAAAGCAUUGGGAGAUAUGGUUUCUGCCAAGCUGGAUCUCUAUACAUCCCACGGAUCCACGGAAUCCGUAAGCUACCCCCUGAUUCGGGAAAUCGGAGACCGGGAACCGAACGAUUGGAGGAGAAAUCUGUACGAAGCGUAUAUUGUGCAUAAUCCAAAGCCCGAGGAGGAACAACCGGUUUUCAAACUCUUUCCUACGCUUCAGGAAUUCAGAACAAAGGAUCUGUAUUCUCCUCAUCCCAGUAAACUAGAUCUAUGGAUCUAUAAAAUGAGACCAGAUGAUAUGAUUCCUCUUUCCAAUGGUCAAAUCGCAAAUCCAUCAAUCAUGGAACAUGCUGUCCUUGACUGUACAGGUAUCAAAGAAGCCAUUGUGCUCCCUGUCCAGAAGAUCGGCUUGGAGAAUUACAUCACGUAUAUUGCUCUCCUUAUCGAACCUACUUCUGAAGGUUUGUCUAAUGAGCAGAAGGAUGACUUGAUGAGAGAAAUUUGGCCGAUUGUUGAAAAGACAAAUUCGCACUACAAAACGAAUGUCUUUGUUGAAAAGAAGCGCAUCUUAUUUGUGGAUCCACGAAAGCCAUUGGCUAGGACGGCAAAGGGGACUAUUAGUAGAAAGAGAGUUUUGGAGGAUUACAAGGAGGAGAUCGAUAAACUUACGUAG